AUGUCCGCAGUCGGUUCCAAUGAAGGCUCGCACGAGCGACCCGACCAGAAAUCGGAGUCCAAGCACGACGUGCUGCUUCCUUUGCAAGGCCCCAUCCGGCCGCGUCGCGUCCAUCUGAUGCGCUUCACUGAAGCGACACACGAGGGCUCUGUCCUUGCCUAUCUAGGCAUCCCUUUCGCUCAAGCACCGACCGGUCUACGUCGCUGGCAAGUACCUCAAGGCCCUCUACCGGGCUGGUCGAUGACUAGGGCGUCGAAAUGGCAGUCGGACCCAUAUCAGGACUUCGCUGCCAUGGAGGGUGUGUAUCGUGGGCGCAAGGGCGCCAAGACCGCCAUCCCACGGAGCGAGGAUUGCCUCUAUCUCAACGCCUGGGUGCCAAAAACAGGCGGCACCUCUGCCGGUCAGGGGAAACGACCGGUGCUGGUGUGGAUCUACGGCGGUGCCUUUUCUGUAGGCAACUGCUCUCGACCCCUCCACGAUGGAUCGAGACUGGCGCACGAGAGUGGUUGCAUUGUGGUCUCGCUCACCUAUCGAGUCGGGGCGAUGGGAUUCCUGGGAGCACGGUCCAUGACGCAGAAGGCGACUGGUGACUGGCCUCUCGUGACGCUCGCGUCGCUGCAGAACAAGCCUGAGAGCAGCCAAGCUGUGGGAAUGGGCGCAGGCAACUGGGGUCUAUGGGAUCUGAUCAGUGGUCUUCUCUGGGUGCAACACUCGAUCUCUGCUUUUGGUGGAGAUCGCGACAAUGUCACCGUGUUUGGCGAAAGCGCAGGCAGCAUCGCGAUUCACUACCUUUUGCUAUCCCCCGUCACUCCCGAAGGGCUUUUCCACAAAGCCAUUCUGCAGAGCGGAGUGAUGGCCACACUUUUGCCGCGAACAACGCAGGCAGCGCAAGCUACAUUUGACCUGCUCGUGCGGUCUCUGUGUCCGUACCAUCUGGAAGGCGACGAAGCGGCGCAGCUCGAGUAUCUGCGUACUAAAGUCAGCGCCGAAGCAAUCGCCUCUUGCCUCCGAGCUUUGGUGGGGAAACGACCGCGAUCCGAGUACACGCCGAUGCUAUCAGAUCGCCAACGUUUGCCUCGAGCACGUGAAGAUCUGCAAGGCGAGGUAAUUGGCGUGACGGAUCAGUGGGGGCCAGUAUGGGACGGCGUUUUGGUCGAUCCGGACUUUGUCGAGCGCGCACUUGGACCUCUGCCGCCCAAAAAUCAGCUUCGCAACGGUCGAAGCGGUGUAGUGGUGGGGAUGUGUGCGGACGAAGGCACGAUGUUCAACUUCUUGAUCGCGACAACGCAGUCGCUCGCAGCGCAUCAGGAGCUGUUCGAUGCUUCCCUGUCGUCUGAUCUGGGUCGUAUGUAUGGCUUCGACGCCCGUGCGCUGGCAACGACCAAGACUAGCGGUCGGGAGAAGGCAUUGCGAGACCAAGAGGCGUUUUACACCUGCGCCACCUAUACCGGAGACGCGCAGUUCACCGCCCCCAUUCUAGAUUACAUGGCUAUGCAAAGCGAUCGCUCCGCCGGUGCAGCUGAUCAAGCCGAGCGCGUUGAUGUAUAUGCCUACCUCUUGGCGCAUCGACCGUCAUCGGCGAUACUCGAGGCGCUGACGGUGUUGCCAGAGAUGACCGAAGAGUGGGCCGCCUUCCAUACGCUCGAUAUACCGUUCGUGUUCGGGCUGGCCAGUUCGUCUGAAUCAGACGGGCAUGCAUUUGUUUCUGACAUCGCCCAGUAUGGUGUCGACCCAGUCGAGGAUGACAGCCUAGCUGCAGCGUGCAAAUCGUCUGCUCCGAGUCGGUCAAAGUCGACGGGGAUGACCGAUCAAGAAAAGCAGCUGAGCCUGUUCAUGAUGAGAACAUGGACGGCGGUGGCAAGACUCUCGACUGGAGGUGUUGGUGGCGGUGAAAAGGUGAGAUUACCCGACGGAUCGACCUGGCGUCCGUUGGCCUCCAAAUCCGAACAAGCUGGAUUCGACCGCAUCCAGGUUCUGGCAUUUGGCGAAGCUCCUCAAGCACCGGCGAAGGUGGCAACAGCAAGUUCAGAGCAGCCUAUUCGCGUGUGGCAGACUGAGCUCUCGCAGCAUGCCUUUGCAAAGCAGCCGCAGCAGAGGAGCAGCGUCUGCGGCGUGGGCCGCUUAGAGGACCGCAUUCGCUUCUGGAUGCAUGAGCCAAUCACGGGCACUUGCUCCUCGUCGACAGGUGACGACGCACGGGAUGGCGGGCUUCGGAUAUGCCGAUACCUUCAAAAUUAUUAUGGCUUUCUGUCCACGCCUUCUCGCUUCCUGCCUUGGUCGCGAGGAUGA